CAGAUCCAGGAAACCUUGAAUCUUUACACAAAGCUUGUUUCCGAAGAAAUCAAAGCAGCUAUCUGUGGCAGAGUAGGGGAUAACUGAAAAAAAAAAUCUCGAAACCAAGUCGGGAAUGGAAAGAUUGCAGCGUAUGUUGGCCGGAGCUGGGGGUGGGUUAGGUCAACCGCCGCCGGAUUCUCCCACUCUCGAUUCAUCAGAGCAAGUUUACAUCUCUUCUUUGGCUCUCCUUAAGAUGCUCAAACACGGCAGAGCUGGGGUUCCUAUGGAAGUUAUGGGAUUAAUGUUGGGGGAAUUUGUGGAUGAGUACACUGUCCGGGUGGUCGAUGUGUUUGCUAUGCCACAGAGUGGGACUGGAGUGAGUGUUGAAGCGGUAGAUCAUGUCUUCCAGACCAAUAUGCUUGACAUGCUCAAGCAAACGGGCAGGCCAGAGAUGGUUGUUGGUUGGUAUCAUUCACAUCCUGGUUUUGGCUGUUGGCUAUCAGGUGUGGACAUUAAUACUCAACAGGUUAACUCAUCUUUUGUUAUUGAGGAUUUGCUAUUGAACGUGUAUGGUAGUUUUUUUCUUUACAAUAUUACAAUGCAGAGUUUUGAAGCUUUGAAUCAAAGAGCGGUUGCCGUGGUGGUUGAUCCGAUACAGAGUGUUAAAGGGAAGGUGGUGAUUGAUGCCUUCCGUUUAAUCAACCCCCAAACGAUGAUGCUUGGACAAGAGCCACGUCAGACAACAUCAAACUUAGGGCAUCUAAACAAACCCUCUAUCCAAGCAUUGAUUCAUGGACUAAAUCGGCACUAUUACUCCAUAUCAAUCAAUUACAGAAAGAACGAACUUGAAGAGAAGAUGCUGCUGAAUCUUCACAAGAAGAAAUGGACAGACGGGUUGACACUUCAGCAAUUUGAUGCCCACUCCAAAACCAAUGAGGAAACUGUUCAAGAAAUGCUAAACCUGGCAAUCAAAUAUAACAAAGCAGUGCAGGAAGAGGACGAGUUGCCUCCAGAAAAGCUGGCCAUUGCAAAUGUGGGAAGGCAAGACGCCAAGAAGCAUCUAGAAGAACAUGUUUCUAACUUGAUGUCUUCCAACAUCAUUCAAACUCUGGGAACCAUGCUUGACACCGUCGUCUUCUGAAGUACCAAGUUUUAUUUCGAACCUCUACACUUUUAUUUUUUCAGAAUUGUGAAUCUAUGACAAUUUUAGCCUCUCUUUUUUCACCCAUUUGUGUUGUUGACUUUCUGUUACUUAUAAGUGAUCCAACAUACUGUUGUUGUGGCUAUUGGCUGCUUCUUAAACUUGUUGCAAUUGAUGUACUACAAUUUUCAAUGUGUGCUUGCAUUUGGUUAACUUCCCUUUUACUAUACUGUUGUUAUGGCUUUUGAGAGAAUAACUAUUUAUUUAAUGCCAAUGGAAUGAGACAACAUAUCCAUAAAGUUAUUUACAUUAGAAUAUCAUAAUCAGCAAACAAACUGCUACUUAGAGU